UUUCAACUAGCAACACUUACGGAGAGAUAAAUACACCAGCUAAAAUGGAUCGUUGGACAAAUCGAGUUGCUGUUGUGACGGGUGCUAGCUCUGGGAUCGGAUCGGCCUGCUGCAGGGAUCUGGUGGCGAAGGGCUUGGUCGUCGUGGGCUUGGCCCGUCGGGAGGAGCGUUUGAAGCAGCUGAAGGAAUCCCUGCCAGCGGAUCAGCAGGCUCGCUUCCAUGGACGGAAGUGUGACGUCAGCGUGGAGCAGCAGGUGGUCGAUGCGUUCGCAUGGAUAGAUGAGACCCUCGGAGGGGCAGACGUCUUGGUGAACAACGCGGGUAUUACCACUGGUUCCCUGAUCACGGAUGCCGACAAUGCUGCCGACAUGCGAUCCGUUCUGGACACCAAUGUCCUGGGAUUCGUGUGGUGCGCCCGCGAGGCCUUUAGAUCGCAGCAGAGACGCAACGUCACCGAUGGCCAUGUGGUGGUCAUCAACAGCGUUGUGGGUCACAAAAUUCCCAGUAUGCCAGGCUUUGGCUUCAAGAUGUACGCCCCUUCCAAGUUUGCCGUAACCGCUUUGGUGGAGGUCCUGCGACAAGAGUUCCAGCAGAAGAAGACUCAGACCAAGAUUACGAGCAUUAGCCCCGGAGCCGUCGACACGGAAAUCAUUGAUGAAAAAACCAGGGAGAUUUGGCCAAACUUCCCUAUGUUGCGUGCUGAGGAUGUAGCCGAUGCAGUCUCUUAUUGCAUCCAAACGCCUCCCAACGUGCAGAUUCAUGAGCUGACCAUCAAGCCAAUUGGUGAAUCGUUUUGAAUGAUGCCUUAAUGGAACUGGAACUUUCGUAAACUAUAAGCGAGCAAUUUGCAACAAUCAAUAAUGGAAGGUGGAUAGUAUCAAUGAAAACAUUGUGCUAUUAUGAAAUCCAGAAAGAUGUAAACAAAGCAAACCAUGCAUCGGGCUUACAGAGAACAAAUAAGUAAAUAUAUUCCCAGUACGGGAGGAAUUUGAUUCCCA